UCUCCGGAGCCAGAAACGCCCAAAACGAAAGCACACGCGACGCCACGGACGCCACCCGACCAGCGGCCGCCGCUCAUCGCUCCCUCCGCCCGCGGCGCGAGAGCCGGCCCGACCCCCCGCGACUCGGGCACCGCCGCUGGACGCGACCAGCUGUCAGGGAGCGCGGCCGGCCCGGUCUCCCCCGCGCGGCGGCGGCGGCGGCGGGCGACGAGUAUUCCUCUGUUUCUUGGCUGACGGGGCGAUGUGGGGUGCCAAGGGGGAGGAGAAGGCCGGCGGCGCCUGCGAGGAAUGGAGCUACCAGCUGGGGAACAAGGAUACACUGAGUUUGAAAGCUCCAAAGAAGUCACCUCUCGCGUUGAGGAUGGUUGUUCUCACCAUGACUAUGAUCUGUGGGGUGUUUAUUUGCUCAAUGUGUAUGAAGCAGCUAGGCAGCGACAGCUGGUCAAGGAUAGUGAAGAUUCAAGUUGCAGAACAGUCCUGCAAUAAGUCUUUAAUUCCUCCUUCUGAGGUUCAGUUUGUGCAUUAUCCACAACCACUAAAUUACAGCAGGAAAGAAUGCACCUGUACCCCUGUCCGCUUCUUUGCAAUUAUCUCAUCGCAGCGGUCUGGAAGUGGCUGGUUCGAAACCCUUCUAAACAGUCACAUAAAUGUUAGCUCUAAUGGAGAAAUCUUCUCGAAGAAAGAAAGGAGGAUUAACAUUUCAUCUAUAAUAAAGACAAUGGACAUGGUGUAUAACUUGGAUUGGAAUAGUAGCGCUUCCAAGAAUGAGUGCACUGCUGCUGCUGGCUUCAAAUGGAUGCUUAAUCAGGGUCUUGUGGCAAAUCAGGCUGCUGUGGUUGAUUACUUCAACCAAAGAGGAGUGUCUGUGAUAUUUCUGUUCAGAAGGAAUCUCCUCCGUCAGAUGGUAUCGCAACUAGCAAACAAUCAUGACAGAUACCUUAAGCAAUUAAAAGGAAAACAUAAGGCCCAUGUGCACACAAAAGAUGAGGCGAAUAUACUUGCAAAAUACAAGCCCAGGCUCAACACAACAACAUUAAUGUGGAGUCUGAAACAGGCAGAUGACUACACUCGCAAAGCUCUUGAAAACCUAAAGAGCGUCCGUCACAUUACAUUGUACUACGAGGAUCUCGUCCAAAACAGAACAAUGCUUGUUGAGGUGCUGGAUUUCCUCAAAGUGCCAGUGAGGAAACUAGUCAGCCGGCAUGUGAAGAUACACACGAAACCACUGUCAGAUCAAAUUGAAAACUGGGAUGAAGUCUACAAUGCCCUGAAUGGCACCAAGUUUGAAAGUUUCUUGAAUGCUGACUACCGAACAUGACAUUAUUAUGUCUGCACGUUUCUUGUUUAGAUAUUGGCUCCCGUGUGUUUCUUUUAUUUAUUUCGUUAUUUCUUUCUUAUUAAAAUGAUAGCCUAGGGUGUGCCUGACAAAAGUUUUGACAUGGGGAAUGGCGGGGUUUGCACGGUGGCUCGCAAAUCACAAGUUCUUUGAUAGGUUCCACUAAUUGUCUUGUAUGUUCUUCUCAAUUUUUUUCUUUGAAACUGAUCAACAAGCUUCUAACCUCUUGCAUCCACUGCUAAUUAUGACUUCUCUA